AUGGACAGGUUCCGCUACGCCCAACUGUGCAGCUUUUUCCGGUCCCAGCCUCGGAAGCAUGCUAUGCUGAGGGACUGCACACGAUUUGAGGACCCCUGCCUGGCUUCUACGCUCCCUAUUCCCCAGGCUCAGUGUAAUGAUUAUUGCCCUCCAGGAUCCAGAAAAGCCCCUGGUGAAAGCUAUCACACCUGCUGCUACGAUUGUAUCCCGUGUUCAGAGGGAGAAAUCUCUAAUGUGACAGACAGCGAUAAUUGCCACAAGUGUCCAGAGAGUGAAUGGCCGGAUAAGAAAAAAGUGAAGUGUAUUCCAAAAACAUACGACUUUCUGUCCUAUACAGAGGAUUUUAUGGCUCCAGUUUUUUCAUUAGUAACUAUGUUAUUUUCUGCUAUAACUAUCCUUAUAUUAAGGAUGUUUAUUUUAUACCGGGACACCCCCAUUGUUAGAGCUAAUAACCGGACACUCAGCUUCCUCCUCCUGGUCUCCAUCUUGCUGAGCUUCCUCUGUGUGUUUCUGUUUCUCGGUCGUCCUGUGGAUAUAACCUGCUUUCUACGCCAGACCUCUUUUGGAGUCAUCUUCUCAGUAGCUGUUUCUUCAGUGUUGGCCAAGACCAUCAUGGUUUGUAUUGCUUUCAAAGCCACUAAACCAGGCAGCUCCUGGAGAAAAUGGGUUGGGGUUAAAGUGUCCAAUUCUGUUGUCUUGAUUUGUUCCUCUGUCCAAGUUCUAAUUAAUAUUAUUUGGUUGUCCACUUUUCCACCGUAUCAAGAGUUUGACAUGCAAUCUUAUCCUGGAAAGAUCAUCAUUCAGUGUAAUGAAGGCUCGGUUGUUUUCUUCUACUGUGUCCUGGGUUAUAUGGGGUUUCUCGCAGCUGUUAGUUUUAUUAUAGCUUUUUUAGCCAGGACAUUACCGGACAGUUUUAAUGAAGCCAAAUACAUCACCUUCAGCAUGUUGGUGUUCUGCAGCGUUUGGAUUGCGAUGAUCCCGGCCUAUCUGAGCACUAAAGGCAAAUAUAUGGUGGCCGUAGAGAUUUUUGCCAUAUUGGCCUCAAGUGCUGGGAUACUCGGCUGUAUAUUCUUUCCCAGAUGCUAUUUUUUGUUAUUUAAACCUGAGCUAAAUAGUAGAAGAUAUUUGCUAGAGAAAAGUAAAUCAUAAUUUUUAUAAGUAUCCCCUGAACUAAAACACUUGUAUCUGUUCAUAGUUGUUAUCUGUACUUUGGGAAACACCCAUAAUAGGACAGUUUCCAACUAUAUUCCUCAACCAAGCCAUAACAAGAUAUGGAUUAUAAAGUGAGAUGAGUGAGGAAUUU